AUGGCCAGUAGAGCGACAUCUGAACCUGUGGCUCAUGGACAGGAAGGGAAAGGGAAGGUAUUGUAUGUGGGUGGGGACGACAGGGAAACAUUAUUGAAAGGUCUUAGAAACCGGGCCUUUAAUCGCAGGAAGUUAUCUCCUCAGCGCGAGGUUGUUCGGGAGAGUCGAAAGGUCGUAUAUGCAGUCAAGCAAAACGGGUUUGUCGAAUCCUUCAGUCACACAGAUCUUGCCGACGAAACUGGCCUUCCACCUGUGUCUGAUGACGGUCAGCACCCGUCAUUCCAUGAGCGGCCCUUUCUUAAGGGUACUGGUACGGGAAAAACAAGGUGGUUCCGCUCAUCCAGUGCGCAUCAACUUCUCUGUCCGAAUGAGGAUGUUGCUGGUGCGGUUGGUGACCUCUACGUCUACACGAACAUUCGCUCUAGAAUAACAUAUAUCUGGGUCAUGCAUCCUGUUGAAGGUUGGGUUUCCAUCACAGCAGGGGGCAAUCACCCGACUGUGCCUAACAGGCGCUUACGAAUUCGCAAAGAUGGUGACCCAAGCUGGGUCCAGAUCCGAUCACUUAUCUCAAUGGAGUCAAGAGAACGCCGUCGCUGA